GUUUUUGUUGUGACAGCUAGUGACAGUAGAUCUGGCCUAAACGUGGUCUGGAAAAACAUUUCGAAUAAAAACUCAUUCAGCGAAACUCUGUGAAAAUGUCUCAGGAUAACGAUGAUAUGGCGUCAUCGUCGAACCGUGAUUUCGUAGGGAACAAAAUAAAAUUUGAAGACUCGAAAUUUUCCGGCACAAUCGUUGAGACGGACAGCAAAUCAAAACCGUUCCGCCAGAAGAAAAUUAAACGCGAAAAGUUCAAAAUCGAUCCGGAAGCAUUGAAAAGGCAUUCGCGUGGACCAGCGGCUAAUGAAACCGGUGUCAAAACAAAUUUGUUUAAGAAGAAACUAAAGCAGAAGGAAAUUUACUUGCAGUUCUCUAACGAGCAGGCGGCUAGAACUGAAAUCUUACGAAAUGAAGAGGAGGGUUUUAUCGAAGCAGACGAGGGAGAGAGUACAAUUGAGUACACCCAAUCACAGAUUGUCCAAAAUGUGGACAUAACAUCAGCCGCAAAGCACUUCAGUUUGAAUCUGGGAUUCGGUCCGUACCGAAUGAAAUACACGAAAAAUGGACGUCAUUUACUGAUCGGAGGACGAAAGGGACAUGUAGCUGCAUUCGACUGGAUAACGAAGCGGCUUCAUUGUGAAAUGAAUGUGACUGAGGAGGUGGUUGACGUCGCAUGGUUGCAUAUAGAAACAAUGUUUGCUGUUGCCCAGAAGAGUUGGGUCCAUUUUUACGACAAUCAAGGAACGGAACUGCACUGCGUCAAACAGAUGAACAGCGUCAACCGGCUGGAAUUUCUUCCGCAUCAUUUCCUGCUAGCCAGUGGUAAUGAAGUUGGUUUUCUCAGUUGGUUGGACACAUCCAUCGGUGAAAUGGUCAGCGAGUACAAUACUCGACUAGGUCCCGUUCGACUAAUGACAACAAAUCCAACUAACGGUGUGCUCUGCUUGGGUGGCUCAAAAGGAGUAGUGUCUAUGUGGUCUCCAUCUACUAGAGAACCAUUAGCAAAACUGCUGUGCCAUCCGACACCACUUUCAUCAAUAGCAGUUGAUCCUAAAGGCACCUAUAUGGCCACAUGUGGUCUCGACAAAUCAGUAAAAAUUUGGGACAUCCGAGCCCUAAGCGGUCCAACAAUCGAGUACAAAAUCCGUUUACCUGCUCAGCACAUGUCAAUUUCGCAAAAAGGUUUAUUGGGUCUGGCGAUGGGUAAUGUCUGCGAGGUGCACAAGAAGCCAAAUCUGAUAUCUCCGACACAUGCGUACAUCAUGCAAAAAUGCGACGAUUUCAUACACGGCAUGGAAUUCUGUCCGUAUGAAGAUGUUCUGGGCGUCACAACGAGAAAGGGAUUUCAAUCAUUGCUGGUGCCCGGUUCGGGUGAAGCCAAUUUCGAUGCCUUGGAAGCGAAUCCAUUCCAAACGAAAUCGCAGCGCAGAGAGAACGAAGUGCAUGCGUUGUUGGACAAAAUUCCGCCAGAAUUUAUCGCAUUGGAUCCAGCAGCUAUUGUUCGCGUUGACGUGCCCACAUUCAAAGAGAAAGUCGAGGCGAAGAAGAAUUUAUUGUAUCUGAAACCGCCCAAGAUCGAUUUCAAGCGUGCGAAGAAGAUGAAAGGAAAAGGAGGUUCGGCGAAUACAGCCAAAGUUAAGCAGAUCGUCAAGAAUGCCAAGAAGAAAGAAUUCGUUAAAGACAUCAAAGGAAUUAAAGAGAAAAUAUUCAACGAACACAAACUUAAGUCAUCCGAGUCGUCUGCCGAUCAACCGAAGCAUGUGCUCGACAGAUUUAAAUCGAAAAAGAAAAUUUGAAUUUUUAUGUAAAAUAAAUCGUUUUAAUGAA